AAAGAUUGACAGAGCCACGGUUCUAUUCUGUUGUAAUAUAAGGUUAUCACGUCGGACUCCGACAAAACACAACACCUCCUGUCCUACCCAACUGUUACAGCUUUUUUCGGGAAAAAAAAACUAUCUUCUUCUCCUCUCUCUUUCUCUCUUCUCUUUCGAGCCCAGACCCAGAGACAAGGCUCAAGAAACAACAAUUGAAGCGGUCUAGGGUUCCAAAUUUCUUCCAACUCUUCUUCCAUUUCUUUCUUUCGCUUCCCUUCCACUCGCCUCGCCUCACGCUCUCUGUGAACGUUUGUUUGUUAACUGGGAAUUCCCGCUGCAAUUUCAAUCUACGGAAAGAGCAGGGGGAACGAUCAGGUUUCGCCGUUUGCAGGCCUCUCUCAGAUCCGUGAGCUACCGGAGAUUGUCUCAUUUGAGCUCUCUUCUGGCUUCUCUGUUCUACUUCUUGAAAGGUUAAGGUGAAGGAAGGAAGGAAGGAAGGGCGAGCUAGCGAGCGAGAAAGAGAGGAAGAUAGAUUUUUAUUUAUUUAUUUAUUUUUUCCAUUCUUUUUCUGUUAGUUUUUUUCCUUUUUGAUUACCGGUUGUUGGGUUCGGCAAAGGGGAACAUUGAAAGGAUCUGCAAUAUCUUCUACGGAAGAAAUCGAGCUUCCGGAUAGAGAAGAUUUUAUCUUUGGCUGGAGGUUUACUAGUGUUUGAUGCACGUAUGUUUAUGGAUUCUGAAAAGUCGCCACCUUCAACAGAUUUGCUUAAAUGCUGUGGCUGUGGCUGUAGCUCUUGUGGCACGUUGAUCAACGGUGGUUCUAUAACUUGGCAACGUUCCGUGAAAAGGAAGUUUGAUGAGCUUCAAGAUGGUUUCCCAAAUGGUGUACCCAGUUUCGAUCAAUCGUCUGUUGCAAAAGUCGAGAUUGAGAAUGAAUGUACUGCCCUGCGAGAGACGGUCAGCAGCCAGCAGCAGACCAUUCAGGAGCUUUACACUGAAUUGGAUGAGGAAAGGAAUGCUUCUUCAUCUGCUGCAAAUGAGGCCAUGUCUAUGAUAUUGAGGGUGCAGAGGGAAAAGGCCGAGAUCCAGAUGGAAGCCCGGCAAUUCAAACGGUUUGCAGAGGAGAAAAUGGCCCAUGAUCAGCAAGAGCUUCUUGCAUUGGAAGACUUAUUGUAUAAGAGAGAUCAGGCCAUCCAAGCUCUUAACUGUGAGGUUCAGGCGUACAAACACAGGAUGUUGAGUCUUGGGCUCACUGAGGCAGAGGUGGAGGGACAAAAGAGUCCUCACAGUCGUAACCCCAACCUGGGUGACAAUGUUGAAUCCCAAUUUGAAUUUCCCCCAUAUGACUACCCUCCUAUAAGAUGCAAUAUGAAUGAAAACCAGUGUCGCCCGGAUGUUGAGGAUGAUGUUGAUCUUGAAAAAUAUGCCUUUGGUGAAACUCCUCGACCUUUUAGUGAUAGCCCUUUCACCCGGGAACAUUUGCAGAAUUUGGAAAACAGAAUCUAUCAAAUGGAGAGAAAUCCAAGCAGCAAUCAUUUGGAUAGGGAAUUUUUUGGCACAAGGAACAUUUCUGAGAAGGGGGUGAUCGGUCAGUCUCCAAAACGGCCUGGGCAUGCCAGGAUGUUCUCCACUGACAGCUUCGGUUCAUUGUAUGGUACAGUUAAAGAAACGGCUCAGGAUAGCAGGAUGGAAAGUCCAAAGACUGCUCCCAGCUUCAAAAAGAUGAAUUAUUUUUCGCACACAGAGGAGUAUUCUAAUUUGAGAAAGCUUGAUAAUGCAUCAGAUCAUGGAGAUGACAUGAGUGACCGUGUAUAUACUAUUGACUCUAUCCAUAAUGGAGUAUCUUAUAACAAAAUUCCUGAGAACAAACCUGCUAUUGGAAUCUGUGAAGAUUACGUAAACACGCCGAGGGAUUCACUGAAUAUAGGUGAUCCUGAUGUCAAAAAGCUCUACACGAGGCUUCAGGCACUUGAGGCAGAUAGGGAGUCAAUGAAGCAGGCAAUGAUUUCAAUGCGGACUGAUAAAGCGCAACUAGUAUUACUGAGGGAAAUAGCUCAACAAUUAUGUAAAGAAAUGACACCAGAAAGAAGGAUAUCUCCACCUGUGAAGAAGCCAUCUCUGAUUGGGAGCUUUUCCUUGAUCUCAGUACUGAAGUGGAUCGUGUCUUUUGUUUUCUGGAGAAAAAAAGCACGCCGAAGCAAGUAUAUGUUUGGGCUAUCGGCCGAAAAUGUAGGCUUGCUGAUGCUUUUAGAUAAGGGCCCUUGCGUGCGACCAUGGAGAUGUCUUUCAAGUAUACGACCAAGGAAAUAGUCUGGAGGCUUCUAUACCUAUCAGCAGUAUCUGUGGGUUCCAUGCUCAUCUACGCAGAUAGUAGUGUACAUCAAACUUGAUUUUACAUACAGAAUUACAUUCAUUUCUAGAUUCUGCACGACUCCAGAAUCUGUGCAGUAUUGGUCUUGUACGUCUCUUUUCUGGGUUGAAGUUUAAUUGUUGGGAUUGAUCAGUAAAUCAUGGAUAACGUGUAGAUUUGGGGUGUUCCUUUGAUCUGUAGAAAACAUACUUCCAGGUAUGCCACUUGUGACAUCCUCCAAAUGUAUAUCACAGUUUAUGUAAAAUUCUCAAUCUGAACAUGCUUUACGCAGUCUUUUCCUGCUGAAUUAGACCUCAAUCAUUCAGCUUUGGCCCUGGAGGUCUUUUACUUC